CCCUCUCUCAGUCCAGUCGGUCUCUCCUCUCUCACAGAUCGGUCCUUCCUCCUCCACCUCCUCCAAACAGUCAGCCCACUGUCUCAAAUCGAUCGAUCUCUCCUCCUCCUCCGCCUGCAACCACCGUCUUCUCCGACGAGACCAGACAACUCAGCCCCUGUCUGACGAAACCAGUCCCUGUUCAACUCUAUUAGUUGCGGCUGGGGUUUCAGACCAGACCACUCUCUUUAUUUGCUACAUUCUCAUCUUCAGAAAGGUGAAUCUGUACUAUGACUAUGAGGAUGUGAU